CGCUCUGCUAAGGCACUGACUGAACAGUGCACUGUCAAGAAGGGCGACCAUUCCUCCAAGCUCCCAUCCGGGCGAAAGGGCUGCAGCAGCAUCCGCACAGAGGGGAAAUACCGUUUAGUUAGGCUCGUUUUUGUUUGACAAAAAGGUGGACUCGGACAGAACAUGUCUUAUCAAGGCAAAAAGAACAUCCCAAAGAUCACAAGCGACCGGCUUUUGAUCAAAGGUGGUAGGAUUGUGAAUGAUGACCAGUCCUUCCAUGCUGAUAUCUACAUGGAAGAUGGCCUUAUUAAGCAGAUUGGGGACAACCUGAUUGUCCCAGGAGGAGUUAAAACCAUCGAGGCCAACGGAAAGAUGGUGAUCCCUGGUGGCAUCGACAUCCACACCCAUUUCCAGAUGCCGUAUCGUGGAACCACAACCGUGGACGACUUUGCACAAGGAUCUAAGGCUGCUCUUGCUGGUGGCACAACCAUGAUCGUGGAUCAUGUGAUCCCAGAGCCUGGCAGCAGCCUGUUAGAGGCCUACGACCAGUGGAGGCAAUGGGCCGAUGAGAAGGCCUGCUGUGACUACUCUCUUCAUGUGGACGUCACCCACUGGGACGACAGCGUCAAGCAGGAGCUGGAUACCCUCAUCAAGGAGAAAGGUGUGAACUCGUUCCAGGUCUACAUGGCCUACAAGGAUUAUUAUCAGAUGAGCAACAGUGAGCUCUAUGAAGUCUUUACCUUUUUGGCAGAGAGGGGGGGCAUUGCCCAGAUCCAUGCUGAAAACGGCGAGAUCAUUGCUAAGGAGCAAGGCCGGAUGUUGCAGAUGGGCAUCACUGGACCGGAGGGGCACGUGCUGAGCAGGCCAGAGGAGCUGGAGGCUGAGGCUGUGUUUCGGGCCGUAACCAUCGCAAGCCAAACCUACUGUCCGCUCUACGUAACCCGAGUCAUGAGCAAGAGUGCCGCGGACAUCAUCUCACAGGCCCGGAAAAAAGGAAACGUGGUGUUUGGGGAGCCAAUCACAGCCAGUCUGGGGACGGAUGGGACAUAUUACUGGAGCAAGAACUGGGCCAAAGCUGCUUCUUUUGUCACAUCCCCUCCUCUCAGCCCUGAUCCCACUACUCCAGACUACCUGAACACACUGCUGGCAAGUGGAGACCUCAGUGUGACUGGCAGCGCUCACUGUACCUUCAGCGUGGCGCAGAAGGCCAUUGGCAAGGACGACUUCACCCAGAUCCCAGAAGGAGUGAAUGGAGUGGAGGAAAGGAUGGUGCUGAUCUGGGAUAAGGCUGUGACUACAGGGAAGAUGGAUGAGAACAUGUUUGUGGCCGUGACCAGCACUAACGCCGCUAAGAUCCUGAACCUUUACCCUCGGAAGGGUCGGAUCGCAGUGGGUUCUGAUGCCGACCUCGUCAUCUGGGACACAGACGCUGUUCGCACUAUCACUGCCAAGACUCACAACUCUGCUGCUGAGUACAAUGUGUUUGAGGGCAUGGAGCUGCGCGGUGCGCCCCUGGUGGUGAUAUGCCAAGGAAAGAUUGUUCUGGAGGAUGGAAACCUUCAUGUCACCUCUGGAGUGGGCCGCUUCAUUCCCUGCUCCCCAUUCCCCGACUUUGCCUACAAGCGCAUCAAAGCCAGGAAGCAGCUGGCUGUGCUGAAGGCAGUGCCCAGAGGAAUGUACGACGGGCCUGUGUCUGAAUUCUCCAUGUCCCGCGGCGGAACGCCCUCUGCCUCGGCACGCACCUCGCCCACCAAGCAGCCGGUCAGAAACCUGCACCAGUCUGGAUUCAGUCUAGCAGGUCCUCCCGCCCCAGAGGACGUUCCCAUCAGGCCACCUGGUCGCCGUGUUGUAGUGCCCCCUGGUGGUCGAUCCAACAUCACAUCUCUCAGUUAAACAGCAGGACAACACUUCUAGAAGAACCGAGUGGACGUUAGAGGGAGGGGAUGAGGGAGGGGAUGAGGGAGGGAAGGGAAAGAGGGACAGAGGACCAGAGUUAGUAAAAAAUUGAAGAGCAAAACACUGAAUCCUCAUGCCUUACCUGUCACACUGCUACUAUGCUCAGAUGAGAAUUGUAUCCGUUUUCCUGGACAGAACAGAAACGGUUAGAAGUUGCCAACAAAGCACAUUUCACAUGAACAAUGUCAGCUUCAGUUCAUGUCAGUGCAAAAUACUUCGUACUAACCACACAGCCAUGUUUUAAUGCUGCUUUGAUAGCAGUAAAACUUUACAUCAUCACAUUUAAUCCUGAGAAGGAAAUAAAGUUUUUCAAAGGAAAAUGGAUACUGAUUUUCUAGGGAUUCUCCUUUUACCCUGCUUGGCUUUUAAUAUCACCCUCUUUCAGUAGCUCGCUUUCUCCAUAGUCAGCAAGACUGAACAAUAGAUCCCACAAUAGCCAUGUUUUGUCAUGCAGUACCAUUGAUUAGCUCUAGUUGGCAAUGUACAUAUGGUAGAUGUAAUGUAGCUUUGUGAAUGAUGUGGUUGCAGCCUGUUUGGGUUUAUCGGACCAAUUAAAAUACUUUUAUCACCUCUAAACACAGGAGGGCUGCUGGACAUGGAGCUGCAUGGGCCACAUUAAUAUGGGCGACGUGAUCCAUGAUCCUUUUCCACCUCCUCCUGUAAGGCCAUACUUACCGUCCUCAUUAUGUACUGUAUUGAUGUUAAAAAAGACAAUAAGAUCAGUGUUUGAGAACACACACAGAAAGAGGAAAUAUUAGAAGUGCUUUUAUUAUUAUUCAUUCCCUAAAGGUUUGUCAGAUUUUAUAUUCUUGCGUUAAGAACAUGGCAAGAAACAGUCCUUUGCAUUUGCUUCCUGUAAACUGGCUGCCUCUGUGAUGCUGUGACCAUUUCAACAAAACAGAACGAUGGAACAGAAAGGUGCUAACAAAUAAAUACCAACUCUAAACUUGCUGGGUUAAAAAAUAGCUCUCUUAUUACUGCUCUUUACUGAUGUUUCUUUCUUUUAUUUUUAACUAGCGUGGCUCUCAUUUGAAGGACAAGUGGAAGAUCAUCAUUCACUUGUGAUCCCACCUUAACCCUUUAAUGAAAUUCUCAAUGCAUUCAACAGCAGCCUGAAAAUAAGCCAGCCUAUUUUCUGAUAAGGCAGAGGAUGGCAGUGCCGUCAGGGAAUCCAUUCUCUUUAAGUUGCUCUUUAUUUGGCGACAAUUGAAACAAGAUGCUCUUUUUAUUCCGCACAGUAAGACUGAGAUAAGAUGUGGGUCUUUUUGUAUUUAUGUUAAGAUGACAACCUUUGUUUUACUGUUAUGUUUCUUUUUUUUCUUUUACUAUUGUGUCAAAACUCUGAGAUGGCAGGUCAUUUAAAGGUGUGCUGGUAAGAAAUUUUUCCUGAAUAAACAUGAGUUGCAGCUGG